AUGGAUUAUCGUCAAACUUCUUCAUUAUCAUUUCAACAACAAAAUCACAGAGAAGAAGAAUCAACGACUUUUAAUCAUUUACAAACAUUAUCAAAAAAUAUGAUAUCCACCGCAGAUAAUUUUAACACCUAUGAUAUUCCAUUCAAAUCAAGUGGUAAAUCAAAUGUUAUUAUUGCAAUUCAAGAAAAUCGGAAACGUGAAAAACAUGAUUUAAACUAUCUGAAUGAUCGUUUUACUUCAUAUGUUGCACGUGUACAUUUUUUGGAGGGUCAAAAUAAAGCACUUCAACUGGAAAUUGAUCAAUUACGCCAACAAUGGUCGUCACAGAAAAAGAAAAUCAGAGAAAUGUACGAAGUAGAAAUAAAUUCAGCUCGUUAUAUUAUUAAUGAUACAAAUAAUGAUCGUGCUGCAGCUGAACUACGUGCUCAACGUUCUGAAGAAGAUUUAUUAAAAUUAAAAGAAAAAUAUACAUCACUAUUAGUUGGAAAAGGCUCCGAUCGAUAUAAAAUCGAACGAUUACAAAAGCAAAUAUCAAGUAACGAAGCAGAUAUUAAUCUGUUCCAUCGUCGUUUAGUUGAUUUACAAGAUGAACAUAAACGUUAUCAAACAAAAUCACAAGAUCUUAUCAUAGAUAUAAAAAAAAUUACAAAAGAAAUCGAUCAUGAAGUAAUUACACGUAUGCAAUUAGAAAAUCAAAAAGAACAACUUGAAAAAGAAAUUAAACUUUUACAACAACUUCAUAAACAAAAAGUUCAACAAAUCAAACAAAUAAGUUCCAUUAGUACACAAUAUGAUGAAACAAGAUUUUUCAAAAAUGAUCUAUCAAAAGCGAUUAAAAAAGUUCAAGAAGAAUAUGAAGAACGUAAUUAUCAACAACGAAAUGAACUUGAAGCAUGGUAUCAACGAAAAGUUGCACAAACAGUUCAAGAAAUUCAAUUUCAUCAUAAUGUUGAAAGAUCAGAUAAUAUUCGUAAACAUGAUGAAUUUAAUUAUUUACAAACGUUGAUAUCAGAUUCACAACAUGAGAUUGCUACGAUACGUCAAAGAAAUGAAAAUAUGAAAAAUAGUAUUCAAGAACUAGAAAAACGGAUAUACACGGAACGAGAUGAAAAUAUUCGAGCAUCAACUAAUCAUGAUCAUCAAAUAAAAGAAUUACGAGCUCGUCUUGAAGUUUUAGAUGAAGAUUAUAGUAAACUUAAUUCAACAAAAUCAACAUUGAAUACAGAAAUUGCUGAUUAUAGAAAAUUACUUGAAGGAGAAGAUAAAAGCGAAGGUUUAAAAGACAUAAUCAAUAACGUUCGAGGACAAAAUCUAAGUGAUUUUCUUAGUACGAAAUCAGGUAUUAAUCAAGGCUGUGAUAAUAAUUAUUCAAUGUUGUCAUCUUGUAUACCAAUUCAAUCGGUGCCAUUAACAACACGAAAAGAGCCAACAAUUUUUGAACAAGUAUAUGGUGGUUAUCGACGACCGACGACAACGACAAGUUUUAAUACUCAACGGAUAUCUGCUGCUGAUCGUUCGUGUACAUAUAAAUGGAGUGGAAGUAACAUAUAUACUCGAAAAUCAAAGAUAAAGACUUUUUUCGAAAGCCGUACAAUGCGGAAGCAACAACAACCUAAAGCUACUACACCACCUAGUUCUGAUUAUACAGAUGCAUAUCUAACUGCUUUUUCUCCUAAACCAAUCCCUACAAAACAUAUUUAUCGAUUGAGUACAUCGACAUUUACUAAUGUUGCACCACUUCCAUUCAUAUCAAAAAAUAUAAAUUUAUCUACAGACAACGUAAUCAAAACGAGCGAAACUCGUUUUAACAAUAUAGAAACAUCGAAUUCAUUCGAAAGAACCAUGCCACAUUUUCCUAAUUCAACCGCUACUCCCUCGCCGAACUUUUCUACUAAAUUUCAAUCUUUUUUUAAUACACCACCUAAUUCGUUUGAAACUCAAACAUCUAAUCCAAAUUCUCCAAUAUUAUCUCGUAACUCUCAAUCAUCAAACAAAACGAAUCAUACCUCUAGUAGACUUCAUUCAGUUACAAAUCCUGCUAUGUAUCGUUCUACAUCACCCGAUGAAAAUGCUUAUAAACCUAUAUCACCUACUACGAUUACUACAUCAUCGUUACCAUUAUCCACGAAACCUUCUAUAUUAUUUCAAUCUGCACCAUCAAUGCCUCUCAAAGAUAUGAAUAAAAGUAAUAUCAACGAACAUAAUAUAUUAUCUUCUUUAGACAAUGAAAAACGAAUUGAAAGACCAGAAACACUUUUAUUUCAACAUGACGAAGAUAUUCAUUCAUUUUCUCUGAAAAACUUAACACCAAUUAUAACUCCAUCACCCAUAGAAUCAAAAAUUGAACCAGAACAUCCUUUAGAAGACGAAUUAUCUAUUGCAGCAUCUAAACCAAUAGAAAUUCUUGAAAAUACACUAACUAAAUAUGAUUCAUUGAUUAAUCAAAUUUCAGACAUUCUUGCUACUGUAUCACCACUAUCAAGUUCUACUCUAAGUAGUAUGAGUCCAAACAAGAGUGUACUCGAUUAUGAACUUUCAGCUGAUGGUUCGCCAAUCCUUCAUCAUAAACGUGUUGAAUCGCCAACAUCUACUAGAAACGCUUAUACACAACGUAUGAAAACAAAACACAUGAUUCGUGAAGAUUCUUACGACAAAAUUGUUGUUGCUAUUAAAGAUCUUGAUAGUGAAAUCACUCCACCAUCUGAUAUAAAAACGUCAUCAUUAACUGAACGAAUAAAGGAAGAAACUAAACUUCUAUCAGAUGAUGAACUCGAAAAAAAUUCAUCACUCGAUGAAAAUAAGAAAGAAAUUGAAACUUUAUUGAGGGAUAUACAACAACUUUCAACUAUAAUUGAAAAUGAAAAAGAUGAACAUCAAUAUACUCGAUCUCGAACGGAAUUAUUAUCCAACGUAUUAAACGAUGAAGCUACAAUACAGAAAAUUAAUGCUACUUAUGAUGAAGUUAUAUCUGACAACAAAGACGAUGCUGAGAGUUCAUCAAAUCAAAAUCUUAUAGAAAAAAUUUAUCCAUCGAAUAUCUCUAAAGAAUCAUCGUCUAUCGUCAAUCAACAAACAGAUAUAUCUAUUUUUAAUAAAACAAUCUCUAACGAUGAGAAUAUAAUUACAUUGUCAUCAACUCUUGACGAUCAACACAUUAUAAAGGACGAUGUUGCUAGACUGCCGACUACUUCUACGAACUACGCAAACGAGAAAUUAACUUCAGAAAUAGUUAAUAAUAAACAAGGAUAUCAAAAAGAGACAUCGAUAGAACCACAAAUCUCAUCAAUUAACACUACUAAUCAUCAUGUUGCUGCGUCGGAUUCUAUAGAUUCACAGACGAAUUUCAUUGAAAAACAAAUCAAAUCUACUAGUUCACUUGAUACAACAGCAAACGUCCUUGAUUCCACUGAUCGACAAACUCCUCUGUUGAAUUCAAAUGUAUCUCAAACUAGUCAAGACAAACAAACACUUAAUUCAAGAGAUACGUUUCUUACUGACGAACAAACAAAAGAAAUCAAAUCGAAUGAAGUCGAAAGUAUUACACAGCCAGUUGAUAAUACAGAAUGUGAAGCUAGACUAUUAACCAAUGAAAGUAUAUCAUUACCACCGAACAUCGAAAGUCCAAUCGAUACAUUAGCAAAUUCAAUUAGUAGUCGGUAUAUAAGUAGUGAUGUAUAUCAUGGUUAUUUAGGUGAACGCACACAAUAUAUAAAAAGUUUAUCAAAAAGUGCUGCAAAACGUGCUAACAAAGCUCUACGUACUUAUAUUCAUCAAACUAUCUCGACACCAAUUAUACCAUUGAUUGAAACAAUACCAAAUGUUCCAUCAAGUAUGCAAAUGAUGAUGGUAAUAAAACGGUUGAAAAACAAAAGUGAGAAAAUAAAUUAUAAUCAAAAUGAAAAAAAUAAACAGUUCGUUCCGAUAUUCAAAAAAUCACAAUCAACAUUAGGAAAUCUUGAUAUAGACAAACAAGAUACAUUAUCAGCGUUAACUAUUGAAGCAUUAGCUGUAGCUGAAAAUAUGAAGGAACUAACAACUUCAUUACUCAAUAAUAGUAAUGACUUAUCCAACGAAAAACUCGUUGAUAAUCUAACAAAAGAAACUGAAAUAACAUCGUCAAUUCAAGACAAAGUUUUAAAUAAAACAACAAUAUCCACACGAGCAAGUUCAGCUAAUAAAGAAAAAGAAUAUAAUAUAUUGGAUAGCGAUACUAUCAUUAUUGAAGAAACAGAUCAUCACGAAAAUGAUAUAAAUCCUGAAACAACACCGAUAUAUCAAAUGUUAACAGACGAUACAACAACUACAAGUAACAUAUCAGCUUCGACUAUUGAAAAUAACCAACAGAUGUCUACAACGAAUGCUGCUAUAUCUUCUGAACAAAUACUACAAAACGAAUUUGAAAAUAUUGAAACGGAUACUGCAAAUUUAGUCGAUAAUGAUCAAAGCUUAAUUUCUCGAAAAUCUGAAUUUUAUUUCGAUGAAACAGAAAUCGAACCAACAAUAUUAACACCACCGGAUUCUAUCAACAUUGACAUAGUUCAGUUAACUUCACAUCCUACUUUCGAGAAAACUGAUGCAUCACUUAUUUCGACAGAUUCAGACAUAUCAGAAAUUCCACCAAUAAUUGAAAUUAAUAAAGUAACAUUAGAUAUCAAUCAAGAUCAUAACAUAUCGCAAGAUACUAUUCAAGAUUUAAUGAAUGACUUAGCUCGAAGUAUUUCAUCACGAUUAAAACAUAUAACAGAUCUUACUUCAAAUACUGGUCUUACAAAAUCUAUAAAUACACAGAGUAAUGAUAGUAUACAGAAAAUUGAAAAUGAAGAUAUUUUACGAAAUCCAUCAAACGAACUUCGUCCAUUAUCUCCAACAAAUACCGAACCGAAUUCAUCGGAAUUAAUUCAUGCUUUACGUGGUCAUAGUAUUGCUUUACAUAAUUCAACUGAACAACAAGUGAAUCCAUCCGAACAAUCAACUACUUCAACAACAUCAUCAUCUCAUAUAACAAGUUCAGAUCGUUAUGUUUCCUAUGCAAUACAUGAAAUGCAUGAUUCAUUACAAGAUCGUUUACCAAUUAUACCUCUUGCAGCUGAUUUACCUCUGUAUAAACAUAUUGAAAAUGUUCCAUUACAAUCAAUAACAAAAGAAGAAGAUUCAACUGAAUUUGAUGCAACAGAAAAUUUAACAUCUUAUUCUGAUGAUAUACUUUAUCGAAGACUUUAUAGAUCAAAUAUAGAUAUACGAAAAGAUUUAGAUAGUAGUAGUACGGAUGAUGAUGUUGAUGAAGAAUUUGAAGAACAUGAUUUAACAAAUAUUCAUCGUAUUAAUCAUAAAUUAACAGAAACAAGUAGUAGUUUAAGUGCAAAUGAUGAAUGUUAUCGUCGAUAUGAUGUUACAACAACACUAUCAAGUAAUGAUAGUUUAUCAUCACCAUUAAAACAACAAGCCGAUGACGUUUAUCUUAUACCAGGAUAUCCUGGCUUAUGGCGAACAUCAGCCGAUAAUGAUGAUGCAAAUUUACCAAUAGAUUAUGAUGCAGAUGAUGAAGGGAGAACAGCAACUAAAACUAAGACUAUCGUUCAAGUCUCCGAUUCGUUGAGACGUCCAUUAUCAUUCCAACCCAAUCGAAAUCCAACAACAAAUGAUCCUCAAUCAGAAGUUUUAACAACAGGUGUACCUUUACGACCAAAUUUAAAAGAAACAACGAAUCGACCAACAAAUAACUUUUCAUUUGAGAAAUCUGAAUCGGAUAGUUAUCAUACAUGUCCAUCAUCUAUAUACAAACAACGACAACAAUCGGAAUUAAAUGAAAAAUUAAAUCGAACUCAACAACAAACUCAGUCAAGUCCAGAAGAAAGUAUUUUUCUUAUAUGUGAACGUGAACGUGGUGUUUCAUUACCAGUUACAAUGAAUAUUGAUUAUGAUGAUAUCGGAUUUCGUUUAUCAACAUCAACACCAAAUGAAGCUCAAUUAUGUCCAACAAGACAAGCAAAUUUAUUAGCAAGAUUAUCUUCAAAAACUGAAUCAAGUUGUCGAGCAAGUUCACCAUCAUUAAAUAAUUAUGAUAAUGAUCAACAAAAACGAUCAUCUUGGUUAAAUAAUCUUAAUACAUUUACAACAACUACGGAUGAUACUAAUGAACUAACGAAAUCUCGUAUAACAUUUCAAAAAUCUGCAAAAGGUCCAAUAAGUAUAUCAGAAUGUCAUGCACAAGGACAUUAUAUUAUCAUCGAUAAUACAAGUCGAUCAAAAAAUAUUGAUCUUAGUAAUUGGAUAAUACAUCAAGAAAAUGAAAAUGGAAAUAAAUUAAUUUUUACAUUUCCAGAUAAUUGUCUUUUAGAAUCUAAACAUUCAUUAAAAAUUUUAGCAAAUACAUAUGAAUCUGAACAAAUUAAUGAUAAUGAACUUAUAGCUACAUCGAUAUCAACAUGGCAUACUGGUUCAUAUAUAAUUACAACGUUAAUUAAUCCUGAGGGCAAAGAUCGUGCAACAUUAACAAAAAAAACAAUAUUCUCUUGA